UUUCAUAUUUCGAGUUGGGAUUGUUAGAUUUUGUUUGUUUCCCUUUUGAAUCAAAUGAAAUUUUGAUCGGUCAAUUUAUAUUGAAAGUCAAGGCACUGUUGUGAAGAGCAGGGGACUUAUUAGACACCAUUGAUUGAUUCAGGCUGAUGUUCAUGAGUCAUCUUCUUGAAUCAUAUCUGCAUCAAAUUCUCAGUCUUGGAGAACACUUUCGUUGAGCCAUCCUACUGUUUAAUGCUAUGCUUGUAGCGCCUUCAGAAUGAAACUUUAUCUUAGUUGGGCAUGACCAAAACCAUGUCAACCAAUUGUCUUCAGUAUUGUCCUCAAUUGUUGUUAGCUUUCAGUUCAUAUGAAUGUGUUUUUUUCCCCAGUUUUGCCUUCUCUUCUGGUACAUCUCAUACAUCUUGGCAUUCUUAAUUUAAAUAGGCUUAUAUUGUGGAUAUCAUUUCUUGACUGUUGAGCAAAUAAUUUUCAGUUUGUUGGUUAGGAUUCAUCAUCCAUCAGGUUUGAAACACCUUUCAAUUUAAUCUUUCCCAUUGUAGCUAGGUUACCAACAUCUUCAAUCUAUCCCACUUUGUAGAUGAUUAGACACCGAUAUAAAGAAAGCAGACACUCAUGGGUAUCACCAGGAAAUGUCAUUCUUGAAGCAUCUUUGUGGUGACUUGAAGGCCCACCUCUUAGUAUUGUCGCUGUACAGCUCUAAAUUAUUUUCAGAUCUGAAGUAAACCCCAGAAAGUUUCUUCAUCCUAGUCCCUCAGUGAGAUAGCUUGAUACUCCAUAUCUCAUUAUAAUCCAUCACAGAGAAAUUGAUUUGCUUAAUUGACAAAAAUGACAGAAAACUUCAGCUACACAGCUUGCAGACAGUUAUCUGAAAUGUUCUUCGCAGUACUUUUCUUUCACAGUUCUGAAUAUGUCAUUGCAGUCACCAUUCAUGGAAGGUCUAAUGUAACUCGCAAGUCUAUUUUGAUCAGUAAAGUUUAUUUGCUGGAAAUGGUUUGUUCACUGCUGGAGUACUUAGUUGAAAUUGUUUUAUUUCCUGGGUUGAAGGAAAUUUGGUGGAUAAGCAACUCAGGCCUUGCAAUGGUUGUAAUUGGGGAAAUCAUAAGGAAAACAGCAAUUUUAACAGCUGGGCGGGCCUUCACUCUUGUUAUCAGGGUUCGUUAUGAAGAGGAUCACAAAUUGGUAACUCAUGGAAUCUAUGGAUAUAUGCGUCACCCGGGAUAUUCUGGUUUUUUCAUAUGGUAUGUUGGCACUCAGAUAAUGCUCUGUAAUCCCAUCUGCACAAUUGCAUUUGCAAUUAUCGUCUGGCACUUCUUUUAUGAACGAAUACUAUAUGAGGAGUCUUUCCUGAGGCAGUUUUUUGGGUCGGAGUAUGAGGAAUAUGCACAACUGGUGCCUUCUGGAUUGCCGUUUGUGAAGUGAAGUGGCAGACCCCAGAAGAAAAGAUGGGGCUUUGAGCAUUCUCCUGUCAUGGAUUGAUGAAGCAGCACUAAAAUUAGUUUCAUGGUGUGAUGGUGCAGGGAGAAGGUUGCAUGAGGAAUGUUGCAGUGAACAUCUAUCAGAUUGAUCCAAGAAGACGAUACUUAGAUAAUGAUGUGGUCUUCCUGACUUACAAAUUUUGUUCUUUGCUGAACUGACAUGCCCUAAGUGGUGUUUUGUUUUUUUGACUUAAUUCUCUUAAAAUUAAAUAUUUCUUAUUAGUGUUAAGUAU